AUGACUGAUUAUAAUAAGAUGUGUAUGUAUAUUAAUAUAAGUAGUGCUAGAAACAUUUAUAAAAGUAAAAAGAUUGCUGUUAUGAUUAAUUAUAGUAAUUAUAUUAAAAUGAAAACUACUACUACUACUACUACUACUACUACUACUACUACUACUACUACUACUACUACUACUACUACUACUACUACUACUACUACUACUACUACUACUACUACUACUACUACUACUACUACUACUACUACUACUACUACUACUACUACUACUACUACUACUACUACUACUACUACUACUACUACUACUACUACUACUACUACUACUACUACUACUACUACUACUACUACUACUACUACUACUACUACUACUACUACUACUACUACUACUACUACUACUACUACUACUACUACUACUACUACUACUACUACUACUACUACUACUACUACUACUACUACUACUACUACUACUACUACUACUACUACUACUACUACUACUACUACUACUACUACUACUACUACUACUACUACUACUACUACUACUACUACUACUACUACUACUACUACUACUACUACUACUACUACUACUACUACUACUACUACUACUACUACUACUACUACUACUACUACUACUACUACUACUACUACUACUACUACUACUACUACUACUACUACUACUACUACUACUACUACUACUACUACUACUACUACUACUACUACUACUACUACUACUACUACUACUACUACUACUACUACUACUACUACUACUACUACUACUACUACUACUACUACUACUACUACUACUACUACUACUACUACUACUACUACUACUACUACUACUACUACUACUACUACUACUACUACUACUACUACUACUACUACUACUACUACUACUACUACUACUACUACUACUACUACUACUACUACUACUACUACUACUACUACUACUACUACUACUACUACUACUACUACUACUACUACUACUACUACUACUACUACUACUACUACUACUACUACUACUACUACUACUACUACUACUACUACUACUACUACUACUACUACUACUACUACUACUACUACUACUACUACUACUACUACUACUACUACUACUACUACUACUACUACUACUACUACUACUACUACUACUACUACUACUACUACUACUACUACUACUACUACUACUACUACUACUACUACUACUACUACUACUACUACUACUACUACUACUACUACUACUACUACUACUACUACUACUACUACUACUACUACUACUACUACUACUACUACUACUACUACUACUACUACUACUACUACUACUACUACUACUACUACUACUACUACUACUACUACUACUACUACUACUACUACUACUACUACUACUACUACUACUACUACUACUACUACUACUACUACUACUACUACUACUACUACUACUACUACUACUACUACUACUACUACUACUACUACUACUACUACUACUACUACUACUACUACUACUACUACUACUACUACUACUACUACUACUACUACUACUACUACUACUACUACUACUACUACUACUACUACUACUACUACUACUACUACUACUACUACUACUACUACUACUACUACUACUACUACUACUACUACUACUACUACUACUACUACUACUACUACUACUACUACUACUACUACUACUACUACUACUACUACUACUACUACUACUACUACUACUACUACUACUACUACUACUACUACUACUACUACUACUACUACUACAAUUAUUAACAGAUAUAGGGAUGGUAACAUUAAAAAAUUUCUAAAAAGUAACUAG